UGAAAUGACCCCCAAGGAUUUCAGGAUUGGUUGCUUCAGCCGACAUCAAAAGGGGUGCAGCGGCGCUCGAAGGCGAUUGGUUGCGAGGAGAGCCAAAAGGUUUUUCCAAAGGAGAGAAAAACACUGGAGCAAGCACUGAUCUCUGCAAAACUAAACUCUGGAACUGAGCUGUCCUGAAAGAGGAUUACUGUCGAUGCACUCCCGUACUGUACCUACAACUGUACCGCUGUAGCGGGCGCGCCGAUCGCUUCUUUUGGUUUGGAAUAAGAUAUAGACAGAUGGCUGCACUUGCAGUGCCGAGAAGCGAUAACUUUCUACACACAUUUUUACAGGACCGGACUCCGAGUUCAUCCCCUGACAGUGGACCCUAUCCUUUGGCUUUCCUGGCUUCCACUUGUGGACAAGUAAGACCGAUCGGGACCUCAUCCUCCGAGGUGCCUCAGUUUCCAUAUGACCCAGCAGUGGGAUCAACUGCUGGAAUGUUUCAGCUCUGGAGCAACGAGGUUCCUGCGAGCACCGGAAUGGGAUCCCACCAGAUGACCUUCAGCGUUCCCAAACUCCAGUACCCAGGACACAUGUCCGCCCACCACGAACUUCCUCUAACCCCCCCGGCAGAACCCUCCACAUACUCCUUCGAACUGUCUCCAGUCAAGGUACUGACAUCCCAGGUCCAGAACCCUUCAUACCAUUACCCCCAGACCAACCAGAACUUCUCCAACUUUCUCCAGAACUCGUCUGGCUUGCCUGGAAGGCAUCACCUGCACGGUGGGCAUGUGGAGGACACCCAGCAGUGGUGGAGCCUCCAGCAAAGCAACACCAACAACAGCGGCCAUCCGUUCACCCUGGGGAGGCCCUUGGUUUUGGGUCACCAGCCCCAGAUUGCUGCCCUUCUCCAGGGCUCCUCCAAAAGCUUGCUGACCACCACCAGAAGAUGCAGGAGGUGCAAGUGUCCCAAUUGCCAGUCCUCAAGCAACGGAGGCAGCACAGACGAGCUGGGCAAGAAGAAGCUUCACAUCUGUCACAUCCCAGAGUGCGGCAAGGUCUACAAAAAGACAUCCCACCUUAAGGCUCACCUGCGCUGGCACGCUGGUGAAAGGCCCUUCAUCUGCAACUGGCUCUUCUGUGGGAAAAGCUUCACCCGGUCCGAUGAGCUUCAGCGCCACCUCAGGACUCACACUGGAGAGAAGAGGUUCAGCUGCCAGGAGUGCGGCAAGAGGUUCAUGAGGAGCGACCACCUUUCCAAACACGUCAAGACGCACCAGAACAAAAAGAGCAAACAGCCCGGAGGAGACGCUCUUCUCAGCAGCAUCAAGAAAGAGUAGAGCCGUGGGUGUUUGGGCAUUCUGACUGGCCACCUAAAGUGUAUUUAUUCUCUAAAGCAUCGCUGGGCUCAGCAACUAAAGCUGUCCUUCAGAUACAAUAUUCUGGCAUUCUAACUGGCCUCCUCUUCCAUGCCUUUUGGAAUUGUUCUGACCAUUUCUGUGAAUGGAUUGCUUAGCAACACACUUCGAUCCUGCGGACAAUAGGGGUCUUACGGAAAAUGAACAUUCCAGAACAUCUUGGCCGGUACAAGACUAUUAAAAACUGCUGAUAUACAGUAGAAGUACUUUUUUAUUAUGUGCUGCUACAAUACACAAACUGUUUCCUGGGGACCAAAAUGUUCUGCGUCGAAACUGUUUAUCACUGGCAAUGCAGACUUUUAUGUUACAGUGUGUAUUGUACGUUUAAUACAUUAUUUAAGGUUUUUAAAUGGUUGUUUCCUUAAAUCCUGGUACCUCUGGAAUCGCCCUUUUCCCAUUGUACCAUGGAUCAGGGAUUAUAUAAAUAUUUCGUGUAGCGCAAGCCAGGGCAAUGAAAGUACUGAGAAGCCUGGAUCGGGUUUGAGGUGCUUGUGAAACUUGAGAUUGAAAAGAGCAGCUUGUGAUCAAGCUGCUUUGAGGUUUGGGCUUGAGAGAUAGGGAGAGGAAAGGGGGUCCCCAUUUGAUUGAUGAUAACGAGGGCUCAGCCUCAGGCCAGUUGCUCGGCAACAUCGGGGACCAGAAAUUAGGAACCUGAAAGGAAAUUAUAGAAAAGAGUUCCCUGACUGGUCCAGAGCUGCCCUCAGAUGAGGUGAGAUAUCCGAAGCCGGGCACGGAGAAGCAACCGCAGGGAACCUAGAAGAAGUAGGAAAGAGAUGAGUUAGUUUAGGACUCGAGCGCCUGAAUAUAGGCUGAAAGAAAACAGAACCUCUUGAUUGAGGUGAGAUCACGCACAUGAGCUGCGAAAGAAUAGUGUGUGUCCAGGCGUACAUACAUACACACACCAUUUGUACAUUUGAACUGCAUAUAGAAAGUCUCCAGUCGCUUAAAAUAUCAAUUAUUUAUAUAUGUAUGGUUUGAAUGAAAUGUUUUAUAAAGAAAUAUGAUAUCUAGAGAUUAUGUUCUAGGCAAUACAAGAAUGUCAAAGUCAGUGUUCUUAGUUACACGUAUGUAUGGAAAAGGGAUUCAGGCUUUAUUGACGAUACUGCACUAUAAUCUUACAUUCAUGUAAAACGUAUAGGUGAAGGUGCAAUACCAUGACAAAACACAUAUUUUGUAUUAAUUGUUCCUCGGUUCAAAGUUGUAUAUAUAUAUUUGUACGCAACCUGGUGUAAAGUGAGGCAGCAUGUCGGAAAUUAUUUGAACCUGAAAUAA